AUGGGUAAUAGUAAAGAAUAUGCGCCAGAAGCUACGAAGCAACGGAACAGCUUCGCAGGCAACACCACUUCUUCAAAGUCACAGAACGGAAGCCAAAGUGCUCAUUCCGCUGCUCAUUCCAAGACAAAAGCAUUGAUUAGAGUUGAUCCAGAUGUCUUGCUCACUGAUUCAAUGGGCAUGGAGACGGUUGUGUUGAAGGUUGGAUCCGAUGAUGGAAAUGGUACUAUGGUCUUUUCUAUCCACAAGAACUUGUUGCAGAGUUCAUCCCCUCGAUUCGUAAAGAUGUUGAAUAGCAGAGUUUUGGACAGAAACAAAAUCUACUCCAUUCACGAUACAAGUCCUAGCGUGUUCAAACUCUUUAAUGAGUAUCUUUACACUCGUCGCGUUCCCGGUGUCAGUCAUCGUCUAUCUCAAUCUGCGCAAGGAACUCGCAUUUCGGAGCUUUGUCAACUCUACGUCUUCGCAGAGAUCUUCGAAAUGGACAUAAAUUUUCUCAACAAAAUUAUGGACGCUAUUCAGGACGGUCUUGCUCUUAGUUCUUCUCUUUUGACAUAUGCUCUUGUCAAGAAUAUCUUCGAUCAUGCUCAGUCAGAGUCUCCUCUUCGCAAGUUUUGUGCCGCAAGUGCUCUUUACUCUGCAAUGACUCCAGGUCUGGAUUCAGCUGGAUUACAAUGGUUGAUUAAAAAUAGUGAUGAAUUCUGCAAAGAAUUCAUGAAGAUGCUCGUCAAACUCACCAAGGGCAACGAUCCUCGUAUUCGCGAUGCCAAUCAGGAAUAUGUCAAGGAAGUUAAGCUUAAGGAAGAGGAAUUGGAGGCUGGAGGUGCCCCGGUUGGUGCUAAUAUUGCUGCUGUGGUUGGUCCGGGUGUUCAUCCAUGUCAGUUUCAUAUUCAUGGCGGAUCAGGUUCCGAUGCAGAGGGUGCUAGCGGUGUUGAUGACGAAGAGAUCUGCUAUUUGCUCGUUGAUCUAGACCUUUAG